AUCACCAUUUUUAACGUUACUGAGGCUGAUGAGGGGAAGUAUAAAUGUAGCUGGUUCUGCAAGAAAGACCAUCCCUUAUCUAUCGGGGGUUCUACAAUCCAGUUGAUGGUAUUCCCUUUACCAGCAGGUUCACCAGCAGGUUCACCAGCAGGUUCACCAACAGGUAUGAAUAAUUGUGUGAUAAUUAAUAGUGCGCUUAACCAUGUCACCCGUUUAGUGGCAGCCAUGGACAGCUGUUUUGCCCUUAUUGGGGCUCAUCAGGGUUAUGGUUUUGCGCAUGUGUAAGGUACUGGCCAUACCGCAAUCUCGUUCCCAGAGUCCGCGCGUUACCCUUGUCCAGCGGAACAAGAGUAAUACGGACUCUGGGAAUCGAACGAGAUUGGCCAUACCGCGGAGUUGGUACGACUGUGCCUCAGUGCUUAUAUUGGUGUGGGAUUUUUUUUCACAUCUUAUGCGGUAGUAUAUAAUAAUAAUAAUAAUAAUAAUAAUAAUAAUAAUAAUAAUAAUAAUAAUAAUAAUAAUAAUAAUAACAUUAAACAAUUUAUAUAGCACCAGAAAGUUUUUUUCAAUGACGACAAAUUAACAGUCAACAUUAAUACACAGCAAUAGUAAAUAAUAAAUUAAUAAGUCAGUAAGUAACAAAACUUAAAUACAGCUUCAGCACACAAAAAAGAAAAUAAACAACAAAAAAUUGUAACAGUAGAAAUAAAAGGUAUUGGGGGAUAAAAGCCUGUCAGUUGCCACCUUUUUAUCAAUAUUGCUGGUUUUCAGUGUCACGCUAUUCAAAAUAGAUUAAAAUAAAAAUCAAAACCGUUCAAUAGAUAAAGUCCAGAAUCUGGGAAAUGAAAGGAGGUAAAUAUGCAAAGACCCUCGCCAAGAUUCAGGCCAGAGGAAUAUUUCGUAUACGAGAUAUUUGAAGAAACGUUUUACCCAAAUUUAUAGUGGAGCCCCAUAGCUAAAGUAAUCUACCCAUCACAGAAAAUUUGGUAAUCACGUGACCGUACACCAAACGAACGACCGUCUGUCCGCACCACAGGGAAACCAAUGUUUACUCUUACACUUUCUGGCCAGUUUGGGAGCCCAAGAGAAAACUAAUUGCUCAUCAAUGUUGUGAUCAAUUGACAGCUGUCAAAACAGGGUAUCCGCUGACCAGUAUCACCCGACCGUACCGCGGGAUGAAAUGUCGACCCAUCGAGGUCUAGUAUUUUUUUGAAGUUAUCCGUUGACAAAUUUCCAGUUUCAAAUGAUCGCAGGCUCUAGUUUAUUUUUUCCAAUGAUUCAUAUGAAAUAUGUUGUGUUUAUGUCACUAUGGCCCCGCACUAUUAAGAUUUUGAUUUCAAACUGACCUCGGACGCGAAAAUUCAGCCAGUUUUUUAAAAAUACAGGCGGGGAAGACCUUUUCUUACCAUGGACACGCGUUGGUCACGCUUUGCGUCCAAUUUUUAUACUCUGAUUGGUCAAAAUUUGACAGGUGAGUUCAUGCGGAAAAUUUAUGCAGCAUCUUGAAAGUUGUUUACUUUGACAUCUUGCACUGAAGCUUACAGAGUUUUGUGUCAACUUCUGAUGUUUUUAACUGUCUUUUUCCACGGGAUGUACAAAAUGAAAUACAGCUGCCAUCAAGAGUCCCCUGUUAUUCAUGGUUUGUUUAUUCGGUUUUUGGUUGAGAAAUGCGUCGCUUGUCAAAAUUCGGUAAUCCGAUUUCGGAUGGCAUCGUUUUCGUUUUUCACCUUGCUUAAUGCGUAAGAGGGUUUAAAAGUCUCAAGAAACUGUGGCCUUCCUUGAUAGCUUUCAGGAACUGAAUCUCGAAUGGUAAGCCUGAGUAAUUAUUGUAUUUGAUGUUUGUUUUUGUUAUAUCUAAUUUCAUGUAGUCGAGCGUAGUUUAUGCGGCAAGUUUAUGCACGUUUGUAAGAUUUGAGUCAAUGAUCUGACCUAGUGUCAGGUUUGAUAUAAGCUUACAGUCCAGGAUCGUUAUCAAAUUUGAUAACCAUGUGACGUCACAACAUGGUGGCCAUUUCAAUAGCUGGGAAUUUUCGUAUUCGCCUUUCUUUAUCCGAGAUUUUGUCCAAUCUUAUUCGGUGUAAACUCGUCAGGUACCCAUGGUUUUGUUCUGCAAGAUCAAGGAGCUUCACAUGUUUCAAAAUGGCAGAUGUGUAUCACGCGUAUUGAAGUAAAUUUCCCUCUCAAAGUGAAGCCUUCAUCAGAUUUUUGUUCCGAGAUCAGGUAUGUUUUUCCACUUCGUUGUUAAAUUUAAUGUACUUGUCGAUUUUUGUGAGAGUUACAAAAAAUCUGGCGUUAUAUCCAAGGUUUAUGCUUUCGAUUCAGCAUGUUUCUAUUGUUAUGCACAAUCUCUGAAAAAAGUGCAUCAGGUAUUUUUAUUCGCAAUGCGCUUUAAAUAAUGUCCGCCAUAUUUGAUUGAUGUCUUCCUCAAGGUGCUGAGAUGGCAGAUGAUGCCCUUAGAAGCAAAAUUUCAAAGUUGUGUCGCCUUUGUGGCAAGAUCGCGUCUUCAAAUACCUCCAGACCACGCAACAGAUAUGAUUCUUCGUGCUAUACGACUCCGCACUUCAGUAACGCAAAAUUUAUUUACACGUGAAACAUGCAUUAAACUUGAAAAUCCGUUUCUUUCGCAAUUCUUGACCAAAAACUUUCAUUUUGGUAUCACUAGAAAGCUCAAGAAAUGUAGUUGUUAUAAAACGAUUUGGUUCUGACGCGCCGUAUAAAGGAAAAUUGAUUUUUGAAAACAUGAGAGGAAGUGACUGCGCGCUGAAAUUGUUCAAAACCGCUUAACACUUAGUGACUUUCAAAAAUUAUUGUAAGUCAAAUUCCCUUCGCCAAGCAACAGCCAAAGUUCUAGCAUAAAGCUCAACUAUUAUAGUACACAUUACGAAAAGUUUUGACCGAGUUCGAAUUAAAUUGCAACAGAUAUGACUCUUCGUGCUAUUCGACUCCGUACUUCAGUAACGCAAAAUAUAUUUACACGUGAAACAUGCAUUAAUUUGUAUAUGCAAAUUUUCAGUUUUCCGCUACAACGGCUUUCGCUACCUGUACAAUAAAAAAUUUAAACAGUUAUUUGUAUAUGCUAAUCAAUGGAAGGCAUACUCGUUGUCUGCAUGUUCCGUUUUUUUUUCAUUGACAGAUCUAUGGACAACAAACUUCUGUAGAAGAUGUUAAAAAUAAAACCUCUAUCCUUAACAGAAUAACCAUUGUCUUCCAUCACUGUGUCUCUUUAAUUUGAACAUUUCAGUAGAAACAAAUUAUGUAUGAGUUUGAUGAUUUGUUUGAAAUACACGAAGCUUUCCGCAGAGGUCUUAUUUGGAAAAAUGCAUCUCAAAUACAAUUUCACUAGUUUUGCAAUCUACUGCAAGAUGUCUGUUAUAAAAAAUUGCCAUUUACAUGAGUUGCUGUCGCCGCCGUACUCCUUUCUAUUUCUGAAAACAUCUCGACAUCGUCCGCCAUAUUGAAUUCAAGAACGCUUUCCCCCAAAUUAGGUCACGUGAACGAAAAUUUGAACAGCGAUUGGCUCCUGGUUUGUUUUGGUCGAGGUUAUCAAAUUUGAUAACAAUCCCGGACUGGCUUACAGAACUUUAAAAGGCCUUCAGAUAUAUUUUCUCACCGCAAAUAGAAAGACAACGUUCCGAAGAAUAUUUAGUUAUAAAUUUGGCUGUAGAAAGAAACCUUUCGAGGAGUUCAUCUUUGAAAAAAGCAAACACCGGGAGGCCGGCUUAAAGUAAAACAUAAUUAACUUAAGCUUAAAGACUCAGGAUUUUUAGACACACUUUAAUACCUGUCUACGUGAAUGAAAAUUGUUGCCUCUGUAAAUGUUUCACAGAAUUAUAUUUCUUUUAUUGAUUGUUAGUAGUCUCUCUUGCAAUUUUAAUCGCUUGUACGUGCCGUUUGUUUUCAUCGUUCAUGAACAUCGCUUGCAGGAGUACUCAAAAGUGUCGCGCAUAUCAAACGCUCUAUAAGAUUACACAUCGUUAUAACUGAAACCAUUAAAUAACAAAAAAUAAUAAAAAUAAAUUCGUUAUUAUGUUGAAGCGUAACUCUAUUAAAGUUCAUUCAAACACUCGACCACACUGACAGCUCGCACUAGAACUGAGAACCGGCUGGCCGUAUGGGUGAUUUUGGAAUUUUUUUUGAACGGUUUCGCUAAAAGCCCCACGAUUGAUCGUCCUGAAUAUUGAGUAAGUGCAAUUUGUCUUGAAAAACUGUGAAAUGCCGCAUUCUGUCCGAGGUCUGUAUGAUAAAUAGUACUGUUUCACCUCAGAUGUGAUGUAUAAAGAGUAUAAAAGGUUGGUUUACACACCCCCAGAUUUGUUGGAAGGAAUUUGUAAAUUAAACCUAUCAAACGCAAAAAAAUUCGGCCUGAUUUGUUUUCCAAGAAUUUGUUUUGGAGGCCUAAUCUACUGUGAUCAAGAGCCAUGUGAUUGAAGAUGUUUGCUAUUUUUUGGAUGUACAUAUAAGGCUAUCAACUCGAUGUAAGAAAUAACUUAGCCUUUCCCUCAAAAGUCACAUGGAUGUGCCCUUAACUUAACUGAUUUGUGGAUCACAAGUUUAUUGUUUGAUUUAAAUUAUAGAUUUAUUAAUGGGAGCUUCGCUUUUAGCCCUGGUUAAAUCUAUAUAUUAGAGAUUUGUAUGAAGACGCCAUGCUGGUGGGUUAGCAUUAGAUAACAUCGAGUGAAGCCAGAUUGGACACCUUAUGAAUUUUACACAACGCAUUAUUUUCAUAAUGGAAGGAGACUGGAAUGUAGAGUGAGGCUAGAAUAGCUGAAGAAACCAAAACUACAGAGCGCCAGUUAUGGAGAGAACAUAGGAGAGAGUUAAGCACUGAUCCGCAGUGAUUAGGGUUAAGCACUGAACUGAAAACGGUUAGUUUUUAAAUAUUGUAAUGGGGUACGGCAUAUAUAAGAACAUGUAUAUUUUAAAAAUUACUGGAUUUGGCAGCUAGUCGUCGAUGGUGUAGUGGAUAUGGAUGUAGGCUAUAAAGCAAGUGAUCCGGAUUCAAAGCAUCACAGUGGAGUUUUUCUAUUUUACUUUUAUAUUACACAGUAAAGUUGGACUUAAGUUGUUCUUCAUGUAAUUUUACUGAAAGAAACAAUCUGACUUCAGCCGAUGGUACCUGAUGCUAACCAACUAACCAUGCUGGUGCUCAUCCGGAGGAGCUCCAACAUGGCGGACGGAAACCAACAGAAACAUCUGUUACCGAGUUUUGCUACAAACGCGUGAAUUUAUUCUUCGAAGAACUGAUAUGUAUUUAAGUAAUACUUUUUCUAAUACAUGAACUGUUUAGAUAGGGAAAUUCCUGAAAUAAGUCAUUUUUUUAACCAAUGUGACAGCUGUAUCGGCCAUCAAGUAAAUGCCGCGUCACGCAAAAGCUUAGAAAUUCAAGGGUACUCUAUCACAAAACCAAGAACCCUUUUGAAGGGAAAAUUUGUAUGAAAAUUAGUUUUCAGCUGCUCUAAUACAUCGUGAAAGUAAAAUCUCGGUAGGAUCGAUAGUUUUGUAGUUUGAAUUUUAGUGACGUCAUGUGGAAACCAGCAAGAGUUUGCCACAAGUUUCAAUGCGAUAUUGUUCAAAAAGGUCACGUAAAAAUUCAUCUAAAUUAGGUUUUGUUGCGAUGUUCUUGCAAGUGUAUAAAUAUUUCUUUUGCAAUAAAGCCAAUAGAGGGAGAUUGCUUUGAGCUGAAUUUCACAUUUGCAAUGGAAAGGAAUCUUCGAAUGUAUUAAAUUAAUCUGCUUGUUUUAAAGUUGUACAUUCUCUUUAUGAUAUUCAUUAAACCAACUUAAAGUUUUGGAAAAGAAUUGCUUUGGCUCUGGACAAUUGUAUAAAGGCAAGAAAGGAUAAGAGCUUUAUCCUCUCUUGAUAAAGGUCGUGUUCAAUUGAAUCAGGAUUAAUUAAGGAAGAAAGGACACUUGUCAUCAGAGGCUAAUUUAUACUUCAGUAGUUCUUUCUUUGUCGUGAUUAGUCUGUGCGUAACCUUAAAAGAGAAUUGGCUAAGCGUAUUAUCUUUCGUGGACUUGUAUAUCUGUCUGGAUUUGCAAAAACAUGGCUACAGAAAUCUCUCUUAUAUACUCUCUGACUGAGUCUUGUAGUGGCGCAUGUUUUAUUUAAUCCGUACCGGAUAGGCCACAGUAGAUAGACUUUGAUGAGUUUCUCACUGGCUAUUAACUUAUUACCCCCUCCCCCAAACAUUUUUUUUUUUUGUUAUAAAUAUUUACCUUGCGUUAAUCUUGCCUUAUUUAUCUUACGGUUUGAUAGUUUGGGGGCAGGCGUCAAAAACACAUUUAACAAAAAUCUUAUUGCUUCAGAAAAAAGUUAUCCGUUUCAUAUUUUUUGCCAACAGGAAAGUUGUGGCUGGCGACGACCCAAACAAACAAACGAGAAACGAAACUUCGAGGGGUGUGUCGCAGCAGGUUAGAUUAGGACUAUUUUACGGGUCGGCAAAAACAAGAAAACCACGGAAAACCAAAGGUGACGGUUAACGGUGAUUUAAUUCCAAAUUCCAAAGACCAAAAUCUAUAGACCAAAGAUUGACCGUAAACUGAAAUAACAAUACAAAAUCUCUAUCAAUUUGGCGAAAGGGCGAUACUAAGACAAAUAACGCGUAAUCAACAAACUAAAGCUUGUAAACGGUAAUAAAGCGAUUCUAUAACGAUUAGGUCGAUAACAAGACGGUAAAAUCUAAUUAAAGGCUACAUAAACUGAAAUUAGACAAUAAUUCCAUAAAUCUGAUCUUAAUCCUUGUACUAUAAAGCAAAAGUGUGGGCGUUGCUCUAACAGGCGUUCAAAUCCGCUUUUCGCUCAUGAAACAAUUAUAAAUCAAUUAAGCUUAAAUCUGUAUACUUGUACAGUAGCAUUCGUGUACCUUUGCCCACAGACUAAAGAACGAAACUUAACAAAGAAAUAACAAAAGAAAUCACUUACAUAUCGGUCCCUCUUGUACCAAAGGUUAAGACAAACCACAAAAACGAUGUCACGACGCGAGUCCUACUUGACUUUUCCUGACCAAAAGGACGCUAACGCGCGCUUUUAUACCCGCGUGGGGACGCCGAAAUAUCUCAUUACAAAACCAAUAGAAAAUCAGGUAAACAUUGUAUCUACGCUAGUAACUGGGAUCAAAGCAUGAAAAUCACGAAAUCAAUGAAAGGUAUUGUUCUUAUGUCUUGUCCUUUACAAAAGUUCAUGCCAUUCCUCUUUUUAUUGAUGCAAAUAUCCUGCCAAUUAGCUUUCUCUAUCAGUUAAGUCCGUAUCUUACCUAAUGCAUGAUAUUCAUACUAUUUCUGCACCCUCAAAAAUCGUUAACUUGUUCUCGCAGACAUCAUCUAUUCAUGAAUAUAACACAAGAUCAUCCUCUUAAAAUAAUAUGUACAUCAAAAAAUUUAAUCUUGAAAAACUAAGACAAGGCGUCCCAAUUUUUGGCGCUAAAGUAUGGAAUGAGAUACCAGGUAGAAUGAGAGAUAUGUCAAAAAAAGUGUUCAAACGAAAAUUAAUCAGUGUGCUCUUCGAAAUAUUAAAAGACAAAGAUGAUUACCUUGAUGCAACCAUGAUAACACUAAUAAGCGCUCGUAUUAGACUGAACUCGGCCCUCAUACUGGGUUGUCUUAGAGUUUUUUUGGCUGCCUUGAGCAAAGUUUUCCGGAAGGCAUCAUUAAGCUUUAUGAAGGAACAAUUCUCACGUCUGGCAAAGUCUGCUGCGUCCAAUAUCUUCUGGUAUUUCGUCUCAUUUCGGACUACACGGGUGAAAGACUGAUCCCGGGCUAGCCUCCCACGCAGGCGUUUUUAGGGGAGUUCGUUUUUCAUCCCUGCCCACAAACGUCUGCUCAACCGAAGACAACAUUCCUUUCCCAUGCUUAGCCAUUCACAUUGUACUUUCCAAAUGCUGGAAAGUUGACCUUGACCGCAAGGUAAUCUGAUAAUUACUCGAUCUGCAUGAAUCACUGGAAAAAAUUUCUGACCUCUAAUAAAUGUUAGAUUCAGAGCGGCAAAAAUAAGAUUUAGUCAAAUUUUAGAAUACUCUAUGCACUUCAUAACCUUAACGAAGGAAAGAAAAGAAGGAAAACGGUAAUUCUAGGGUCACGUUUUAGUCGCGUUUAGCCUGUCAACACUUUAUUGCACGACUGUUUAUUCGUCACUUAAACGCAAAUAAAACAAUGGGAAAGGAAUGUUGUUUUCGGCUGAGCAGGCGUUUGUGGGAGGGAUGAAAAACGAGCUACCCUAAAAACGCCUGCGUGGGAGGCUAAUCCCGGGCUUGAGACGGAAAGAUUGGAUAUUGCGAGCUUUGUUGUUGGCAGUAACAAGUCUUUGGCCUCACAAAGUAGGUUCUAGGUUUGAAAUCUAUUCUACAAGAUGGAAAUUCACGCUGAUUUCUGACAGGCCAAAGACUUAGUAAAAAAUUGUGUGGAAGGCGGGGGCUGUAUGUCUCCUUUUCAACCGCUGGUUUACAUCCGGGAUCUUGAAUAAAUCGACUGUCAGUGAGUCGAGAAAAGUACCAUGUGACGAUUUAUGUGGAGAAAGCGAGAGUUUUACAAAGUGUUGUGAUUGCCGCGAAAGUCAUUUAUUGUGUGAUUUACCGAAAGUGUUGACAGACAAAUCUCAGGUAUGUGCGGAUGAGCUCGUGUUACCAGAAUACGCUCCGUGAGUGUAUGUGCGGUUGAGCUCGUGUUACCAGAAUACGCUCCGUGAGUGUUUAGUUUAGGUGAUUUUCUCUUAGAAAGCCUAUUAUGUGCUCAAAGAUUGUAGAUUCUUCAUCUGUUUUCGAGAAACAGAGAACUUUACCGUCUAUUGCCAGCAAUAAUGCUGUCAUUGUUUAGCUUCAGCAAGAGCCAUAAUGGGACAGAUAGGGAAUCUUAGGGCGUUGGCCGGGAUGCGUGAAUUUCACCAAAGUUAUUUUUAGAGGUUGUAACUAAACGGAUGUCUAAUGCCUGGGACGUCCGCACAUUUUAAUUGAUCGUUUGAAACGUCAUCAAGUCCACGCGCGACUGCCUCAAAGCAAACAAUGCAGAAUAAUGUAAUGACGAUCAACUGUUGAAUAUUGAACAUCACCUUUUCGCGUGAGAUUUACAGGCGUCUAGAUUUCGGCAUCAAUAUUUUAGAUGAGCCUCAUGAGCGCAUUUCAGUUCAAGAAAUUGAAGUGAGCGUUCCUACUUGCAAGCGUAGGAUAAGCGAUGAUUUGUCCGAAGAGGACUCAAAUUCUGUUUCCUCGUGAGAAAGCCGGAAGAAGAAGUCCGCUUAUUAAAAGAAACAGACGAAAGUCAAAGAAUUAACUAAAAUGCUUAAAAUGAUGGUGCUUGUUCCAAUAAGUUUUUUCCUUCUGGAGAGUAGAUUAUGCUCUGGAGGGUUCUAAGUUUUGAUUUGACAAAUGUGAUUUUUGCCGCUUGUUUCACACUGAGAGGUCAUGACACGCAUAUUAAUUUUCUGUGGGUUUUGUUUCUGGUCGGCAGGAUUGGCCCCCUGAUGAAAACGUCUGGCUCUUUGUUGAGGCUAAAUAUGGGUUUUAGGUUCCAGAGUUCCAGAUACAAUGUUCUGAGCGUCGAGUUUUCCUUCGAUUAGCCAUAAGCUUUCAAUGGUUUCCAAAUUUGUCAUGACUUAUUGUUAGUCUUGUUAGAGCUGUUCUGAUAUGAAGUUAUAACAAAUGGGAGGAAGUUUUACUUUCUAGUCCUUUUAACAGCACCUCUGCUGCUUUCCUAUUUUGAUUUCUGCUGUGAUUUACCUGCAUUUUAGCGUUUUCGUUCGAAUUGCGCGUCGACGUCGCUUCUCUAGAAUUGACGUUUGGCUGUUUUCAUUGUUUUGUGCAACAAUUCCCACUCCUCUGUUUGCUUUUUGCUGUUGUUUUUUCUUCCCGCCGAGGUUCCUGUACCGAAAUUGAAAUUUCUGUGAUUAGGAUCGCUGUCCGCGGACUUCAGUUCCUCCUAAAAAACUGAUAUAUCAUCUAGCAAAUCAGCCAACUCCAACGAAAUCGUGGAAUCUAGCUCCCAACCGCAACAAUCCCUCAGGAUAAAACCAAUUCAUUUGUUUACAAAAUCACUUUCGUCGAUGAAACGUACAACCAUGCAGGACGCCAUUAUUUCUCGACAGCGCUGAAUAAAAGUUUGCGGACCUCUCGGGAAACCAGUUUCCGAUUAAUUCAAGCGUUUAAUUAGUUUAACUAGAAAUACGUGUAUCGCAGAACCUCGCGAAGCUCAGAGGGGAGCCAGCCCAUAAGGGGUGGGAGGACAGGAGAGAAAUGCGAAUAACCAGGAAAAAGUCACCCUUAGUUGGGAAGUAUAAUAUUGAAGGUCAACCUUUGGAAAGUGUUAAUGUGUAUAAAGAUUUAGGAUUAUUUACUGCUAGUAAUCUGCCAUGGAACCAACACGUAGAUAAAAUAACUGCUAAGGCUAAUAGGGUUUUAGGGUUGGUUAAGAGGACUUGUAGGGACUUAAAGGAUAUUGAUACCAUGAACACACUUUAUUGUAGUCUUGUGAGACCUUUAUUAGAAUAUUCAUGCGAGACUUGGAACCCUCAUACUAAACGUAACAUUGAUAAAUUGGAGGCUGUUCAGCGAAGAGCUACCAGAUGGAUCACUAGGUCUGGUGAUGAUUAUGAUACCAGACUAUCUAAGCUAAAAUUGUUGUCAUUAUCUAAUAGGAGGUUCACUAGAGAUGUUACAUUUUUUUUUAAUGUAAUUAAUGGACAUUUUGAUAUUGACAUUUCAAAUAAACUCAUAUUUUGUAAGGACAGAAAUACAGGUUAUAACUUGAGGAAAAAUGACACAUAGGACCUUGUUCAAAAUUUUAGUAGAACUGAUGGUUUUAAACAUAGUUUUUUUAACCGUGUUGUAGAUGAAUGGAAUGGUUUACCUAAUCAUAUUAGAGAAUCAAACAGUAUUGCAACUUUUAAAAGAAAUGUUUUAAGCUUUAUUAAGGAUAACUAGAGCAUUUAUAUUUCUAUUUGUAUAUAUUUUUCUUAUAUUUUAAUUAGUGGGGGCAUCCCUAGUAUGGCGCAUUGGCACUUUUGGUUGUCUCCUUCUCCACAACUUUUUUUUUUCUUAUAGCAGUGUUAGCUUAUUUCAUUUCAUUAUUUGCUUGUAAUGUAGUGGAGUGAAUCUGUAAUAAAUAAUAAAUAAAUAAAAAUGAAGUAAAUCAUGUAACUGGGGAGGGCGGGUCUAAUAUUGGAAGCUGAGAUCUACUUAAUGUCCUGUGGAUUAAAUUUGAAGCUAGUGCUCUGGCUUUAAAAAGGAUCUUCUGAGAUUUAAAUGGGGUUGCUGUUGUUAGCGGAUGCUGCAUAGGUCCCAUCCCACCAUGUUCACCCCAUUUGACCCUGGGUGAUAGUGGAUGACUGCCGACUAAUAUGCAGUUGCAUUUGCUUAAUAAAAGCUCACCCUUAAGUGCAAUAAUUGUUUGUGAAAUUCGUCAGUAGAAGUGAGACGAUGGCAAUACAAGGAGAUAAUGCUGCAGUGAAAACAACAACUAAAUGCUGGCAAUUGGAGAAAACAUUUAUUGUUGGGCGAACUACAGUUAUAAAAGUGUUUGCACUUUUUUUGGUACAUAAUCACACUUGACAACUAUUGUUUGUAACAGUAAAGUGCAAACAUAAUCACUGAAAUAGAAAAUUAAGGAUGCAGUACAUGAGAAUUACUAAAGUGAUCAUGAUUUAUGAUUAUUGAGUGUGUGGCAUUCACCAUAAAGUACUGAAUCCAUGUAAAAAGUACCAAUUUUUUACCACUUAGGCAAGUGCUCAUAGUUAUUUGUGUACAUGCAUAAGAAACAAAUCCUUAAACAAGAGUGAAUUUGUAUAAAAUGUCCACAAACAAGUCAUGCUGAAGGUGAUCAGUUUCGCCAUUGGUCUCCAUUCUAAACAUGCUUGAGCUUGUUGAGACAGUGCCAGAGCCAUAGAUUUUUAAUUUCCCAGACUGAGACGAGUCAAAUGAACACUUUCCCUGUAUUACAUGCAUUUAUCGUGAAUGUAAAGCUAAGUGCAGGAUAGAUUGAUCUUAUGGGAAACCUUAUAUAAAUAUCUGCUUGCAUGCCGUUUAAUUUCUUGAAACAACCUUCAUCUGCCAAUGGAACAAAUGUUUUAUUUCUGUGAAUAUGUCACCUCUGUCUGACUUCUUUGAAAGAGUGAAAUUUUAUGAGUGACCUGUUAAAUUUUCCCUAACAGGGAGGAGGAUAUCCGAAAUACAGAUAUUAUUUUCGAAUAAUAUAGGAACAAAAAUAUAGGGGGCCAGCAAUGACAAAUUUUUGUCGUGUUUGACUUAAAAGACACAGCUGUGUCUAUGUAUAAGGCUGCUAUACACACAUAUAUUUUACUUGUGAAGGAAAUUGAAUGAAAAUUGUAAGCUUAAACGAAAAAUUUUGUUCAGUAAGGAUUUUGUUUACAAAAUGUAACGCUUCCCUACAUGUCACACAUUUUCGGUGUUCUAAAGGCCAUUCAUUGUAAAAUGAAAAUGAAAAUGCCUUACUAUAAAACGGUGAAAAGGCUGAUCGGCUGUCCUCAGUCCGUUGCAAGGAUACUCCUCGUGUCGAUUUUACAGAUGGUGUAAUUCUUGCUUCCUAUCGUUGCAUCGAAGAAGAUAAUUUGGACUGUAAACUUGCCUCUCUUCGGUUUCGUUGCGAAUUCUAUUGACCGAAUUUCGCUGAAACGUCGGCAGUCGGUGUUCCCUCUCUUCGUCGGCUUCGUUUGCAGUGUAACUGUAGUAUUUUGUUGCUAACGCUUUACAUAUUCGUGGUCGCUGUAUAACCUCUGUCUCUAGUUGACAGUGUUUGCCUUCGCUGUGCCGUUACUCGAGCUGAAUUUAAAGUCGACGUUCUCGCUCUUGCGGAGUUUUGUUUGCUAAUCUUUCCCAGCGAGGAUUUCCAGCCACUUGUUAAAUCCACCGUUGUUGAGUUUGCUGUUCUCUUUUAUUUGCCUGAGAUAUUGGGUGGUGACUCACCGACCGUAAACAUUGUUAUAGUUCACAAAUGUUAAAAACAGUCUUCAUGAAUAAAACCAGAAACUCAUAAGGGGUUGAAACGUGUAACUCUGUUUGCUAACUGUCCAAUGCUCGUGAUUAUUAAUUUUCGAAAGUACCAUAUUUGGAACGAGAAGAAGAGAUAACUGACCCAUCAAACUUCGUAAACAACGUGACGUAAUUUUACUUCAGGUUCCCGCGCCCGCUUGAAAGAAUGGCCGACAAACGGGGGAAAAACUCCCAAAAGCCGAGAAAGCUUUCAAAGAUUGAAACCAGGAAUCCUACCGAAACACUGAGCAGGAUAUUAUUGCCUUACCACCCGGGCCAAACGUAACAUUAUGAAACCCACUGACGUCCUCGCAACUUCUUGAAGCUGUCACUUCAAAAAACGAUACCUCGUUGACGCUGCACAGUAAACUUAUCCUACAAAUAGGUUUUUAAAAUUCUUAUAUUAAAAGUCUAGAAUAAACAGUAAAAAAUAUUUUGGAAUACAAUUCAUUAGCUGCGUAUCGAAAAGUGUCCAAAAUCUGAACCUGACAUCUUCGCAAAAAGAGAUGCGUGUAAUGAAUGUGAGAAGUAUUUAAGCUUAAAUUCAGCUUGGAUGUUGUAGUCACGAUCGUGUUUUGAGCUAGUUUUAUGAAUGAACAAACUCAAAACAAUAGACAGAGAAGCCGUUUCUUAAAAAUUUUAAAUCAAAAUCCAAAAAGUUAAUCGAAUAAAGCAAUUCGGAAAACACUAUCUGGAUCGUGGAUCCGUUCACGCACGUGAAAUCGGCUGAGCACAUGGGUUUUUCUAAAACGAAGAGCCAAAAACGAAGACCUAAGACCUAAGACCCCAUGGACUAAAACGAAGACCUCAUGGACUAAAACGAAGACCCCUUGGACUAAAACGAAGACCCCUUGGACUAAAACCAAGACGCCAUGGACUAAAACGAAGACCCCUUGGACUAAAACCAAGACCCCAUGGACUAAAACGACUGAUGCUAACCGCUGUGGGCAAUGCCCGCUCUCGUAAUUUGUUACGGCGAUUUGGGAAUGUUGUGGAAUUUCCUCUGCAUUAUUUAGUUGUGAUAAUCAAGUCUAUCACUGACUUACCUUUCCUUCAGGUUUCUAAGGUCUUAGGUCUUCGGUUUUGGGUCUUCGUUUCAACACAAGAUCCAUCUCAAAUCUGGGCACAUUUUGUAAUUUUUCUUUAGCGCCGAAGAGAAAAAUUUAUAAAACGUCUAUGAAACAUUUAAAAAUACGUAAAUUCCCUUUCAAAAAACGUAAUUGUCUUGGCCAUAGAGUGCAAAAUGUACUUGAAAAUUCAGCAAAAACUUCACUGCCUUGGUUGCAUUUCAAAACAGACCGAUGCGCUCCGUCGUGAAGAAAACAAGGUUGACUUCCUCGACGGACGAAUUCUUGAUGAAAAGCUUCCCUUCCUCCACCAAAAGAAAGCUGAGCAUUCUUUUGAACUUUCUCUUUCUAUUUCUUGUCUUUUAACGAUAGAUUUAUAGCCAAAAGGAAAUCACGCUGGCCUUGCGCUGCUUGUGUGAUACACGCGCGCUUCGCGCGCAACGAGAUUAUAAACCUCGCGGUUCGGCGCUUCGCGCCUCUCUUCGCGAGGAAAAAUAACUUUGCUGAAAUUCACAUAUCCCAAGGACUAGACUGGGCGUUUCCGUCUCUGUCCCAUUAUGGCUCUUGGCUUCAGCUAGUGACUUUUAACUACUUCCCAUUCCACUUAGAUGUCAAAUAGUUAAAAUGCACGUGAAAUUUCUUUAACCACGUUUUAACAAAUCCAGACAGAUAUAUUUGCAAAACAAUCACCCCAAUCAGGAAUUUCUGGAAAGCUUUUUUCCCAACCCCUUACUGCGGAGGCUUCUGAAACAAGUUUCUCGAUGUACAGACUGUAAUAAUUUUUACAGCGGAAUUUGGUUAAGACUAUUGUUCUAUCUUCCAUCUGACAGUAUUCUGAAGUUGCUCCAAGCAGAUCAGGAACCAGAAAAUCAAAUGCCUUUCGUUGAAAUCGGAGGAAUGGCAGAAAUUAAUUGAAAAUGUUGCAAAAAGAUAUGUCUUUAGUCUUUUGUUAAAGAUUUCAGCAGAAGAGCUUGAUGUUAUGUAAAAAGGCAGCGAAGAAUUCCAAAGUCUUGGUGGGGCAAACCGAAAAGAAUUUAUAUCCGUACGUUUUAAGAUUAAAUGAGGGCGAAUUAAGCAACAGUUUCGAAGCAGACCGCAAACUACGCAACGGAGAGUAAGGCUCUAAGAGAUCACUUAAGUACUGAGGAGCCAAGCCUUGCAUCGCCUUAUAUGUAAUAUAUAGAUUUAGCAAGGGCUAAAAGCGAAGCUCCCAUUAAUAAAUUUUAUAAUUUAAAUCAAACAAUAAACUUGUAUUCCAAUUAUUUAUUUUAAGUGAUUUUAGAGAAAAUUAAUUUGCAAACAGUCCAAGAGUGAACCAAAUCUUACAUCGAGUUGAUAGCCUUAUAUGUACACCCAAAAAAUAGCAAUCAUCUUUGAUCACAUUACAGAGACAUAAUGGCUUUUGAUCACAGUAGAUUAGGCCCGGAAAACAAAUUCUUGGAAAACAAAUCAGGGCGAAUUUUUUUGCGUUCGACAACUUUGCUUUUACAAAAUCUUGCCAACAAAUCUGGGAGCGUGUAAACCAACCUUUUACACUUUUUAUACAUCACAUCUGAGGUGAAACAGUACUAUGAGGCGCUGUUUUUAUCAUACAGACCUCGGACAGAAUGCAGUAUGUCACAAACGGUGCCAUCCAAAAUCGGAUUUCCGACUUUGACAAGCGAUGUAUUUCUAAGCCAAAAACCCAAUAAACAAACUAGCCAUGAAUCACAGAAGACUCUUAAUAGCAGCUGAAUUUCAUUUUGUACAUCCAGUGGAAAAGACAGUUAAAAACAUCACAAGUUGACACAAAAAUCUGUCAACUUCAGCUGUCAGAGUAAACAAGUUUCAAGAUGCUGCAUAAAUUUCCCGCAUGAACUCGCCUAUCAAAUUUUGACCAACCAGAGCAAAAAAAAUUGGACGUAGAGCGUGACCAACGCGUGACCAUGGUGAGAAAAGUCAAAAGCAACUGUCUUCCGUUCCUGUAAUAGCUGGCUGAAUUUUCGCGUCCGAGGUCAGUUUGAAAUCAAAAUUUUAAUUGUGGGGCACAUAAACACAACAUAUUUCAUGUAAAUUUUAAAAAUUAAUUAAAACUUGAGCUUGCGAUCAUUUGAAAACUAGUAACUUGUCAGCGGAGAACUUCAAAAAAUACUCAGCCUCGAUGGGUCGACACCUGAGCCCGCGAUACGGUCAGGUAAUACUGGUCAGCGGAUUCCCUGUUUUGACAGCUGUCAAUUGAUUACAACAUUAAUGUGCAAUAUGAGGGCAUCAUCAGUUUUCUUGUGCUCCCAAACUAGCUAGAAAGUGUAGGAUUGAACAUUGGUUUCCCUGUGGUGCGGACGGACGGGCGGUGUACGGUCACGUGAUUACCAAAUUUCCUGGGAUGGUUAAUAUUACUUAGCCAUGGGGCUCCGCUCGCGCACGGUUCGCGGGCGUGGAGCUCCGCUAAAAAGCUGCACUUUAAAUUCAAUACGCUGAUCAACAGGCAGCCAAUGUAACUGAAAAAGCAGUGGCGUAACGUGAUCUGAUUUUCUUGACAAGCCAGCGGCAGAAUUCAAAACAUAUUGCAGACGCUGUUAUAAGUUCUUUGCGAGACCAUAAAGCAAAGAGUUACAGUUAUGAAGCUUUGAGGUAACAAAUGCGUGGACAAUUAAGGAUCUUCGCUUUCUGGAGACUUAAAAACUCUCUGAUGCGCCAAAUGUUCUUUAUAGAGUAGAGCGAAGAUUUGCAAAUUUGCGUAACGUGCGUCAAAGCGUCGAGUCGAGAACAACUCCAAUAUUUUAUGUAAUGCAAUUGUCAUUGCCUCCUUGUUCUCAGUGACUAGCCUUUAAAUAUUAACUAAGAAACACCUCUACAAGGUAAAAUUGGGAUUAUUAGACCCUUAUAUUAACCCUAGGACGUACAGGGGGGGGGGGGCGGGUGGAUCCCUAAGGUUUUUCUGAGUUUUCUCCUAGUGGAUAAAGCAUCAGCACCUAAUGUUUUCAGGAGCUUUUUGUUCAUCCCUCGGGCGCAUUUUGAGUCAAGUUCAGUGAGGAGGAGGCGCUUCAACCAUUUUUGAGUGAAAGUAUAUGUUUUUUUCAAUUUUUUCAACAAUAAAAGUAAAUCUUGUGGCUAAAAUCAUGCAAAGUGCUUAUUUGCGGGUUAUAUUUCAUCUCAAGCACAAAAAAAUUGCCAUUUCUUGCGGUUUUAUCCUGAUUUCCAAUUCUUGGUAAAAUCCAAGAUGGCACCCAAGAUGGUGACCAUUGUUGAUGAUGUCACAGCCCCCCCGGAAAUGCCACCAUUAACGGCUUUCAUCGUUUCGAAAUACUGCAACAUAUCAAAAACUCUAGGGGGGGGGGGGCUUCCACCCACCCCCCUUGUACCACGGUGGGGUAUGAAUUUGCAUGUACGUCCGAGGGUUAACAUGAAUAAAACCUUUGUUCUCUGUCUUAUCGCAUAGACAAUUAUCUUUUUGGGCCAAAAAUGCAUUUUUUGGAACAAUUUUCUCCUUGAAAAUUGGAGUUUUGUUAGGUGAAUAGUUCUGAAAGCAGACUAACAGUUGAGAAUCGGUUAACAUGAUAGCAAAAUAUCAUCCUUCCUCUCAAUAAAAAUGUUAUCAAUUUUUCUCUAGGCCCCCCUCCUGACGGCCCCUGUUCAUUGUCAUUUACAAGGAGGGGGGAACGUUUUUGACAAGGCUUAAAAAUAGACAUUUUUGAACACAUUUUUUUCUCACUAGCACUCCGAUUUAGAUCAAAAUUGAAACAGGAUGUAAAUAUUUCACCCUUUGUGAACCAUUUCAUGCUUAAUAAUCCGCGGGCACUCAAUACAUUUUUGCAUGCUAAUCAAAUGAAAAUGUAUACCUGAGACAAAAUAGUAAAUUUUCACAACUUUUGUUCGCCGCUAUCUUUCUAUUAAAAAAUGUAAUUGGGGCGAUGUUAAGCAAGAACGUUGGAUGGUUCCUACAGAUUGCAUUCCUUUACGUUUUGCAGUCAGUUGUCUGUUGGCUUACAAAGACAGGCAUCGCAUGGUUGACGGUUAAUUUAUGCAAAUUACUACCCGCGAUAUAACUUGGCAGUAAAAUCUAAUUCGACGUUUUCCAGCAAAAUAAUCGCUUCGAUGGGAUUAUUAAUAGAUAACUGACAUAUUACAUACCAUUACAAAGCAAUCAAUGCGAGAAACAUUUCAGAGCCAAAGUCAAAUCACACUCAAGUCACGGUUCGUUUAGGUCUCAUCCACCGUGUAGUAAUGCAUGUCGUCGCAUUCGAGUGUAGCUAACUGUCGUGGGUAGAGGUCGUGGGUCGUGGGUGUGGGUUUUGGUAAUUGUCGUGGGUAAAAAAAAAAUCUUCCCAAAAGAAAAAUUAAAAAAUUAAAUAGCAAAAAGUUGUAAAAUUCCUGAAACGAAAAUCUCCGUGUACAUACCAGUCCUAUUCCCCUUCCCCGCGGUCAGCAAAGCAAAUAACCGAAUCCUCUAGUAAAAACGGACACUAAAAAGACAUUUAGGUGAAAAAUAAAAGAUACUCUGUGCACUAUGUAAACCUGAAGCAGGCUAUACAAGAACUGGAGACUGACCUGCUUUUUCUCAAAGAUGGCAACAUUCGUGAGUGAAACGUCCUUUCAGUUUAAGGAGUGAUAUUUCGAAUCGUUACCGCAAGGAGUUUGUACACAAAACAACACAAAAAGUAAUCGAGAAAAUUGUAUUUCCGUACGGCAAUAAAAUUUACAUCCAGUCUCGCCUUAAGUUGAAGGGUUUUAUUGGGAAUGAAGGUGGUUCCUUCGUAAGGUAAGAGACCUAAAACAUCUAUCCAAAAAUGUGAAAUACCUAAAAAUUGUCCUUUUCCCUUCCCUCUCUCAAGGUGAUCGCAUUCCAUCAUGUUAAAAAAUCUCCACUGAUCAUUGGAAUUGUCGAUCGAAUAAGGAUAAAUAGUGAGCAGCUAUUUCCAUUCAGCGAGUCAAAGCUGUCCCAUACUUCCUGCAAAUUGGAGGUAUAAUUUACGUCUUUUUCGUUUAUUUCGCGGCUGUAGCUCAGGUAUGGAUAAAUCUUCAUCGGCAAAAUGUCUUUUAUACAGUGACGUUAUGAAAGGAGAGCCAAGUCCAACAGGAAGAGGACGAAGAAGCCGUGAGGAAAAAGGCAAUCAAGGAGUUGAAGAUAUUCGUUUCACAAAUAUUUUACAACUUUUUUCUAUUUAUUUCUUUUUUUCAAUUACUUUACUUAAUCACUUUACUAUACUUUUUUUAGCCACCACAUUUACCCACAACCACACCCACGACCCACCACCCACCACCCACCACCUACGACAUUUAGCUACACUCACUAAGUGGGAGUCGCUUAUUUAGUCGCACAUAUUUACAUUUUUUUGUUCUAACUUUGUGGGAUUAUUUGACGCGGAGGGCCAGUCACACAAUUCUGUUUACGCUCUUCAUCGUUUCAUGCUUGGUAUCUACUGUAUGACUGUGUAAGGGGAAGCGGGUUUUGCCAAAUCCCUGGCACAAGAGAUUGGGGCACAUAAACAAUUUGCGCAAAAGGAGACUGAGUACUAUUAUGCUUCUCUCGCAAAGCGACUUGCAAAGCAGAUAUUUGUUAUGCAUCAGUCAUUUCCAGCUGCUCCCAGCCCCCCCCCCCCCGGGCUACUGCGGGACAUUUUCCCGCCUUGUCAGUCCCGGGGGUGGGGCAUUUGCAAUUUUUGUGCUGCCCGAGGGCCGGGCGUUUGCUAACCCCGGGGCCAUUCCCGAGCUUUUGAUACGCACUCGGUUUCCUAUCAGAAUAUAAGUACACGGAGGAUUUUACUGGGAAAGAAAGCAGAUUUGCUCAUCUGUCAAGGACAUGAAUAAAUUGAAGAGGGUUGUAAAGGAAUGUUCUUGAUUUUCUGCAUGCAUUUCUUCAUUGCUUAUCAAGCCAGAAUUACAUAGGGAAAUCGGGAGCUAUCGAAAUGAAUCAACGUUUUUUGGUUAUUGAAUCAAAUUUAGCAAUUGAUUGAUUGGCAGAAAAAUAUUCUUUCAUAUUUAUAAAACUAUUCAUAGCAUAUAACUUUACAGCACUCUAUUAAUUUUAAUAUCAAUAAUUUUACAUCAAUGCUAAAAUUAUAAACUGGUGCAUGUCGUUGCGGCGUGAAGUCUUAAUUAGAAUCAUAGCGCUGUUACAAAGGAAGACCUUAAUUGAAACAAAAAAGCGCACAUUAAAAUGCUUAAAACGGCACUAUUCGACUGUGCGAUUAAUGAAAAAUGUUGCAGUGUUGACGGAGAACGGGGCAUUUGCCCUCUUUUUUCGUCCCCACCCUGGGCGAUUUGACAGCUCAAGAGUCGCCACCCCCGGGAAUUUACCAUCCAAGGCAAAAAAAAUGCGGUGGAAUUUUGUUAACAAUAAUUUUACCUUGUUGGGUAUAGGAGCAAGGCGUCUUUAGGAAUGCAGCAAAAAUUGAAGUUCCGGGGCUUCUGGACAAAGUUUUGUACGGGGAAACUCGCGCCGAGGUCCAACCCCAUACCCUUUAACUGCUGUACAUGCACUGUUUUUAAAAUAUGAAUUAAGUACAAAACCAGACCGUUUACUCAGCUCUUUUCACAACCAUGUAAUGCAUCUGUAAGCCCUUUUUUCGGCUUUUUUACCAACCGAAAUGACAGUUUUCCCUACUCUUUCAUAUACUUCAGCAAGUGAAAUCCCAACCCUCUCAUAUACUUAAAGCCUGAAAAUGGUAUCCCUUUCGGGUGGAGCCUCUCCCUAAAGGCCAUUUUAGGGAGUACCCCCGGGGAUUCAAGUCGGCUUUGAAUUUUGAUCAACAAUAUGUCCAAUUCAAACAGGUCACUUUCAGAAGUCUAAGUCCAACUAAAAUGGGGUUCACUGUUUUUCUGACAUUAUGCUUGAUAAAACCUUCAUGAAUUUUAAUAUUCGCACAGUAGAGGAAAGAAGUACUGUAUUCUAAAAUAAUGGUGUCAAGGGUAGCGCUUACGACGUGACACAUUGCGUGACUAAGACGCGUUUCAUUACCUUGAACAGUCUGCUGGAAAAUUGCAAGACAAUCUAACAGAACACCAUUUUCUACAUUUUCUUCCGCGGUGAAGAAAAUUACGUCUUCCUAUAAGCAGCUGCAGUAAAUUGGUAGGUUGUCAAAGUGAAAGGAAACUUAGAGGUGUGCAUUGAAGAUGGGGAGAUGAACGAAAGAGUUUCAACGCAACAUGUAUGGAUGAGAUCUAUCCUUGACUUGUGAGAGAUUUGACUUUGGCUCUGAAGUGUUUCUCUCAUUGAUUGCUUUGUUAAUGUAUGUAAUGUGUCAGUUAUCUAUUAAUGAUCCCAUCGAAGCGAUUUAUUUUGGUGGAAAACGUCGAAUUAGAUUUUCCUGCCAAGUUAUAAAGCGGUUAAUAAUUUGCAUAAAUUAACCGCCAACUACACAAUGCCUUUUUUUGUAAACCAAAAAUCGUUAAUCUGCUCCACAACUGACUGUAAAACGUAAAGGAAUGCAAUUUAUAGGAACCAUCCAACGUUCUUGCUUAACAUCGCCCCAAUUACAUUAUUUAAAAGAAAGACAGCGGCGAAGAAAAGUUGCGAAAAUUGUCUCAGGUAUACAUUUUUAUUUGAUUGGCAUGCAAAAAUGUAUCGAGUGCCCGCGGAUUUUUAAGCAUGAAAUGGUUUACAAAGGGUGAAAUAUUUACAUCCUGUUUCAAUUUUGAUCUAAAUCGGAGUACUAGUAAGAAAAAAAUGUGUUCAAAAGUGUCUAUUUUUAAGCAUUGUCAAAAAACGUCCCCCCCUUAUAAAUGACAAUGAACAGGGGCCAUCAGGGGGGGCCUAGAGAAAAAAUAAUAACAUUUUUGAGCUAUAUUGAAAAAAUAGCUCAUAUGUCAGUGGUGUGAGCGUAUGUAUCUUUGUGGCUUUGUAUCUUUUUAUCUUUGUAUGUUCGGAUGUUUGUUGCAAGAGCCAAUAGGGUUGAAGGUACUAUGAGUUGAUGCUUAGGAACCAAUGAGAACUUGGCAUCUACUUAAACAUGACAUUGCUAAAGGUCGAACAAGUGCACUUUGAGACCGCCAUCUUGAUUCUUCACAAUUUUUUCGUCUUUUAUUACGGCUGCAGGUGUUUGGAAACAUUAUAUUAAAUAUCUUCAUGAUUCAAACGCUGUGCACAGCGAUGCAGCUGUUUAAGGGUUCAUAUUUUAGUGUGGAUGCUACUUCAAGACAUUUCUGACCGAAUUCGGCUAUCGCGAACGGUACUGACGCACGUAUUUAUGAGUUGUGUUUCACCUGCUUCAAGGUAGAGUAUAAAAGAUCAUAUAUUUUCAAAGCUCUUCCAGUGAAGCAAUAAUUGAUAUUUAGAUAUGGACUAUAAUUCGAAAGUAUGCGGCCUAUAAGAUGUAGUUUUAAAAGUUUGAAAGGCAGCUUAUUUUUUUCAAGCUGUACCGAGUAUUGUUAAUCCUGUAAACAAUCUUUACCAGACUUUUUAUGCGAGGUUUCCGGUUUCGGUCAGUUCUUUAUAGUGAGCGGUGCGCUCACAUUUGUCAAGCGCCCUCUCAAAAUUCAAAUGUUUGGCAGCCAAAAAUUCAUGUUUGAACCCACUUUGAACCUAUUCUCUCGUUACGUGUCCACGGUUGGAUCCAAACGACGGUACAACAGCUCGCGGGUCUGCGUGGAUGGCGCCGGAAGAGACAGUUGUCGUUUUUAUACAAUGUGUUUAUAAUGAUGUACCGAAGACCUCAAUUGGCAAUUUUCGAACCGCAGUCUCCAACGAACUUCCACAAGCCAGGACCGUUUUGCUCUUCGGCAGUUACUCUGGCCAGAUUUUUCCACAUGAGGCACGAUUUACGGACAGGUUUUCAGCGUAAGCUUUCGUGUAAGCCUCUUACAGGGCUUACAACCGAGCGGGGAACUGGGAACUAACUGCACAGUGCGAGAAAUCGUUGAAACGCUAAAGUGAAAGUUAUUUCAUAGUCGUUUGGAUAUCAUUUUUUCACUACACAGGGCCAUAUUGGAAUGAAGCAGUUUUAAAACAUAGAAGCACCCUGCAUGAAAGAGAUAAGAUUACAAACUAACGGUGAAUUUGGAGAACUGCAGUCGUUAUUCGCAGGUUCACAAGUCAAAUUCACAUCGGCACUGCAUGAUCUUUGUCAUGGUUAGUCUUUUAAUUUCAGCUUGGUUUUGGACCUUUAGCUAGUAAGCUUAUAUUUUGUAAAAUUUAUGGCCUUUUGACUGUAGGGUUAAAACAUUUUCGUGACUGCUGUUGAAGGUGUAUCACGCUGUUGGAGGUGUAUCACGGAUUCCAGUUGUCAGUUGUUUGCACUUUGUUAAUUCCUUGAUUGUCUUUUCGUCCUAUUAGAAUAUUAUUUUGGGUCCCAAGACAGAAACACUCACUUUUAGAAUUCCCAAGAUAGAUUAAAGAGCAAUUAUGUUCUAAGACAUUUUUCUUGGUUCAUUCUCAGACGAGUGUGAAAGCCUGUAUUAAAUGUUUUCCUUUGCUUUGUCCAUAUUAUUUUUGUUGUGUGCAUUGUUUUGAUUUGUCGGGUUUUUUUGGUUUCAAGCUUUAAACAUGUUACUUCUCAGGUUCACGGGUUUUCACUCUGAGAUAACCCGGCCUUAUACUCAUGCUACAAUGUAGUUGAAGCCUUAAGGUAAUAGUUAAUGUGCACAAGCUACAACAUUAUUUUCAUGAUUUUACUUCAAUAUUACAACUUAAGACAAUAAUAAUUCUUUAAUUAUUGUAAUACAGUAUAAUGUAACUGUUUUAUUUAUCCAUUUGAUGCAAUGUCAAACAGUACAUACAUGUUAUGGACUAAAAUAUCAAAACUAGAAAAAGAACACCUAUAAGGUGUUCUCAGAUUCAUGUGUAAUUAUACCAAUAUUAUAAGCUGUUUGGUUUAUUGUUUAUUUGAUUUGCAUUCUACCCCACACCAACAAAAUUUGUCUUAUGGCAUUUCUUGAUUAAUUAUACUUAAAGGGUGUUUCAUUGUUCCAAUAAGCUUACAUUGAAUGACACAGAGACUGUGUUGACUUCUUUGACAUAAUUUGAGGCAGAACUCCUCUCCAACCCUUACUCAUGCAACUUCGAUUUUAAAUCUUGGCUCUCUGUAUCUUACCUAACUGUGGGUCACUACAACUGUACUUGAGUAAUACACAGCACUUUUCCUAGCAAAGAUUACACAGAGAAACAAUUACGUUUACUCAUACUCAAACAUGCAUUUUAGCAUGCAAGCGACUAUUACCUUUUUUUUCAUUCAUUAGGAACAUGCUAUAAAUUUGCUCUCCAUUUGGGGAAUUCAAAAGUCAUACAUGAGCUUCCAUUUUUUCCCUUGCCCUUUUCCUUUACAGUGAGCAGCCAUAGGGAGCUUGCUUGCUUGCUAAGUUUUUUUAAACGCCUUGCUCUGUGAACCUUCUCAUAAGUACGUUCCUCAUUGUUAAAUCAGAGAAUGGAACUCCCCAGAAAAACAAAACUUUGUGUAGGAGAGGAGUAUAGAUACUAGCGCUAUAGGCUUUAAUAAUUAAAUUAAGACAGUGAAAAACAAAAUUGAUUUUUCAUUUCAAAAUAGAUAGCCCAUGCUGAAGAAUAUUAGAUUCUGCUGAAGGUUAUGCAUUGUAAAAGAAAAAAACAAGUGAAAACUACUUCAAAGAAACAAUAUCCAGCGACCAUAUUCUCAUUGACUUUGAGUGCUUACUGGGACAGGAGGGAAUGGUUGCAAACAGGGAAUUGAAAGUCUCUUGCCUGUCCUAUUAUUUUUGUUUAUUUCCCUAAUGAUGUCAUCUCAAGCCAUAUAUACGUGCACAUGCAGCUGUUCAUUUUACAGAUUAUUUUCUGUAUAGUGUGUUCUCCUAGAUAUUAUCUGGAAUCUCCUAAAAUAAUUAUUGUACAGAAAAAAUAGCCAUUCUUCCUAGAAGUCCUAGAAAGAUGAUGUCCAAAAUUUGACAUGACUUCUUUACCACUGACUGAAAACACCAAAAAGUAACAGCCCUUUAUGCAAGGUUAGAGACUUGUCAUUAUAAAGAGGGGGAGGGCUGGUAAAAGGAGAGGAGGGCCAGUUAAUAACUUUCAUGAAGGGAAAUUGGGGCACAUGCAUGAAUUCGAUUCAUGUUAGCAUACCAGAAUGGAUUUUUUUAGGGGGGGGGGGAGCAGAAAUAUGUUUUUCAAAAGGCAGGUUAGGAUUUGAACAUAGCCUACUUCCAUAGCACCAGUUCUCUCCCACUGCCCCCCCCCCCUCCAAUAUCCUCCUCAGCCUAACAUUUCCACACUAUAGUGCCCAAAUCCUGUUCAUUAAGUGCCCAAGUGGCAACUAGAAUUCUUCACCGCAUCUUGUAACAUGCCAAUCAUAACUAAGACAUCUUCGAAUUUCAUUUGAAAAAUUGUUUAUAACUACAUCACGAGUUUUGCCACGCCCCUGUUUUAUCAAGAAAUCAUUUGAUUCGAAAUCCCCACUAGAUAGAGAGCCAACCAUUUUCUUGUCUUUAUCCAUCUUGAAUGCGGUGUCAAAUAAUUUAUAUCUAGAGAAAGUCACCUACACCUUUCAGAAAGCGAAGUUAAAUGGGUUGAAAAAAAUCGCGAUGACGUUUGACGUGCCGUUGUCGUCGUGGUUGCGUAAACUCCCUUUCUCGGUUUUGUCACCAUCUUUAUUAUCUUGAUUCACUCGUAGGUUUCUAAAACCUGUCCGCGGUCAGGGGGUUACUGUUUAAUGCAGGUUUGACUGCAUGUAUUAGUUUGAAUCACAACCGAAACUUCCCAAAUCACUACUUCAUUUCCGGACAGAAUUAUCACAGCGGAAAGGAUGUUAGACUAUGAGUUGUCCCUUAGUUUCCUCAGGGAUAGUACGCGAGCGCACGUGAAACUCACCACCAGAUGAUACGUGGAGAGUAGAGAGAAUACGGUGACAACCUCGGCAGCGUUCCAUUGAUCGUAUUCUGGAAUAACGAAACGCAAAGGAUUAAGUGUUAAAAAUAUCUUGCACCGUGAUUUUUGGACUACUUGGAGUAUUUUUUGUUUUACUCACUUUUUAUAAGAUAAAUUAGAUAAAUCGCUCAUGAAGUAAAAAUUUGUAAAACUGAAAUACAGUUUAAAACUAUACGCUGUGUCUACAUGUCCAGCAGCCGGGAAGGGUCUUAAAGAAACAAAAUGCCCAACAGUCCAAAAUGUUUCAAGAAUUGAAAUUGUCUCACUGCCUCUCCUUUUCUAAUUACUUUCACGAAGUUGUGGUAGAUGUUCGCAGAUCUGGAAAGAUUGCUGCAAAUAUACGUGAACUUGUCAACGGACUUGAGUGUUUCCUUUUUGACAGUGAUAGCUGGUACCACUUAUGCCUUCUAAGGGGAAGGCUGGUGAAGAACUUGAGUUGUUUUGGUACUAACUGUUAGACCAAAGUUGUGGGAAGCAUUAGGAAAGCAGUCGACAGUCGAUACUCAUUUCAACGGGGACUCGGUGACAGCGUUGAGCAUCCAGUCAUCUGCGAAUAGGACAUCACACACACUUUGAGCCUGGUCAUUGCCUGUAGCCUACCCAAGUAAAUAGUCUUUCAUCGAUCCUGUACCUAGUAAUCAGGAUACCACCAUCACUUUCUUCGACUUUGCAGAAAUCCGCCAACAAAUUGACUGUUAGCAUCCUGCUUAACAGUGUGGAGGUAGCGACACAGCCUUGCUUGAGUCCGUUAGUGACUGGAAAUGCUUCAGAGGAGUUUCCAUUGUCCAGUACUCGAGCAAGCAUGUCAUCGUGGAAAUGACGCAUCGUACUGUUGAACUCAUCUGGACAGCCAAAGUUGCCACUAUUUUCCACACUCCUUAGCAGUUGACAGUGUCAAAGGCCUUUGUCAGGUCUACAAACGUUAUGUCGAAAUUUCUAUACUGUUCUUGACACUUUUCCUGGAGUUGCCGUGCAGCAAACGACACCAUGUUGGCAGUUUCACAGCCCUUCCAGAAGCCAUACGCACUCUCUGGGAAGUGGCCAUUGGUUGAAGAGGAUUCUUGCAAGGAUCUUGCCAGCGAUGACUAUCAGAGGAAUUCCUCCGUGAUUGCCGCACGAUUGCCUGUUUCACUUUCACUUAUAGAGGUGGACAAUGGAGGCUUCCAUGAGGUCUUGAAGAAUGACUUCCUUCUGCCAUUUGGACUGGAAAAAGCUCGGCGAACUUACGUAAUAGAACUGGUCCUCCUGCCUUGAAGACUUCAUCAGGUAUGGAAUCUGAUGCAGGUUUUUUUUUUUAUUGAAAUUCUUCGGAAAAUCUGCUAAGGAUUUGUUUUAUCCCUAUUAGAGACCUACGAGCAAUGGCUUCAACGUUGAUGGACUAGGGCGUAUUUAGGACGCUGAUGAAAUAUUUCACCCAACUCUCCAGGAUGGCGUUCUUCUCACUAUGUAGCGUUGUUCCCUCUAGUGGUGAUGGCCCAUAAAUGUUCCUCACGACAUUAUAGAAGCGUUUAGUUUUGUUAUUGUCAGCAUCUGCCUUUUUAUUGAAACAGGAGUCACAGCGCCUUGAGGUUAGUUGUACAUGUUGAGUUUUCAGGUAAUUCCCGGCAGUCUGCUCUGCACAUCGCCCUUGUCACUCUAACGUCCUGCCUGUCUCUUCUCCGGACGAGAACAUAAUCGAUCAGAUACCAGUGCUUGCUGCGUGGGUGCAUCCACUACGUCUGUGUGUCGGUGGUAAACGAUAAACUGUAUGUGAGAUGCACAGGUCUCCAAAAGUAACAGUCCAUUACUGUUACAUGUCCUAACCCCAUUCCUCCCUAUGACUCCCUCCAUUGCCCACUCUAGCAUUAGAGGCGUAGACAAUAAUGCGUUUGUCCUACUUUGGCACGCCCUCGAUGAUGUCUUUUAAGUUCUUGUAGAAUUUAUAUUUCAUCUCCUCAAGAUUCUUCAUUGUUGGAGCAUAUUUACUGAUAACAGUGGCGCAACGGUUUCCUCAGCGAGAGAGCCGAAAAGCCAUGAGGCGAUCGUUGAUUCCUUAGGGAAUUUUGUUAAACGUAUUGAUCAGAUAUGUUUUGACGGCAGAUCCCACUCCUGCUUCACGAUGUUCUUCACUGUAGCGAUCGCUCGAGAAAAAGCCAGGCUUCGAUCAGCUGACUUUUAUUUGCUAACCUUGUCUCACUACGCUGGGAUAUGAAUGUUGUAUCUGCCCAGUUCUCUUGCAACUAGAGCUGUCCGUCUCAGGUCUGUAAGCUUUGGUGCUGUCCAUGAGCGUAUGCACAUUCCAUGUGCCGAUGGAUCGCGAUGUGAGCUUUGUUUUCAUCUUGAUGUUUCGACCGCAUAGAUAGGAUCCCCUCCUGCCGCGGUAAGCUGAGGCAGCCUUUGUUGGGAGCAUCUUUUCUAGCCCCUUCCUCAGGUCAUGGAGGAACACAGAAGAAUUCCUAAAGGGGAAUGCUCAGACAUUCAGGGGAGAUGACAGGGCUAACAGGGCUUACAGGCUUACAGGGCUUACAGGGCUAACAGGGCUAACAGGGCUUACAGGGCUUACAGGGCUUACAGGCUUACAGGGCUUACGGGCUACUUGAGCAAAGUAUAGGUUUAGAGCACAUAUCAAGCACGAAAAAGUCAACGAUUUUGUAGAAAACGUCAAGGAUAGUCCUCUCUGCUAAAUGUUUAGCAACCUUAAAACAUACAACCUCUCACUUGUCCACGUUUCGCAGGCCUAAAAGGAAAUUAUUACCGUAUGAACAAUUAAUUAGUAUCCUUAAAUGUUCUCCCAUAUUAGCGAGCGAUACUCUAAAUGUGGCUUCAAGCAAUUUUUCUUGACCAAUAUUACAAAUCAUUGUGAAGAACGAAAAAUUCAGCUUUAAAUUGACGUUUAUUCAAAACGAUUCAGCAACUUUAGAAGCAACUUUUGAGAUUUAAGAACCAACUUCUUGGCAUUUCCAGCAUUUUACGAACACAAUUGGAACAGUUCUAGGCGUAGGCGGCUUAGACGCCGACUACUCAUCCAUGCGUCAGUGUCUGAGCCCUGACCUUACAUUAUGUCACGCCCACUUCGCCUGGCAACACCACACAGCAGUUUGACCUCCAAACAUUAAUCACAGGGUCUGGACUAGUAGAUGGUUUCAGUUUUGGGACCAUAGCUGUUUGUGGUCCCAUAACCAGACCCAUGUCAUUAAAACAUGCAUAUAUUGCGGAAGGUAAUUACAUGGCAAAAAUAUACCAUCCAUACGAUCCCUUCCAACAUUUUAAUGGGUCCAGACACGGUUUUUUCUGCCGUGUAAAUGGGGCUUAAUUAACGAUUUUUAAUGUUUUUGACGCCGACCUCUUGAAACUGGAGAAAACUACUCUGAAAUAGGGUCCAAAAAGCGAUUCUGACAUUCUCUAAAUGACAAACUUACUAAAACAUUUUUGCCCCUAACAUAUAUUGAAGGCUAACUGUGAAUUUUUUUUCAUGUUUACGCCUAAUACCCUGGGUACCAGAGGUCUUUUCUCACGUGCGACGAGGAGCUCUGUCGGCCGCAGGCCGACAUGUUUGGCAGUCAUGAACCUUGUCCUGUUCGUUGUGAUAGCAGAAGAGAAACCUUCGUUUCGCACAUGAUCUUUUCAAAUUGACCCGCCCAGAUAAAAGUCUACUGUACUGUGGGGUGUUCAGGUUGGGAAACGUUUCUUUCAAGGCUCUUGAACCACCAACUUUCCAUUUUUUAAAGAACCACAUGUUAAUCUGCAAGAUCUGCCCAGGAACGAGCCUGUAAGCUUCUAAACGCGUAUAAGCCUGUAAAUCCGCAAACGCCAGUAAGCCUACAAGCAUGUUACCCUGUAUUAGAGCAUAAAACACUGUUAGGCUAUAUUAGGUUUUAUUAUGUAUGCAACCUUGUUAGCUGGUAACCCUGUCAGCUUUGUCAGCUUCCAGAGUGAGCUGGUUAGCUUCUAAACCAUUAUAGCCCGUAAACUUCUAAAACCGUAAGCCUCUAAGCCUGUAAGCCCUGCAAGCCCGUGAGCCCUGUAAGCCCGUAAGCCCUGUCAGCCCAUAAGCCCUGUAAGCCCGUAAAACCCUGUAAGCCCUGUAAACCCUGUAAGCCUGUAAGCCCUGUAAGCCCUGUUAGCCCUGUCAGCCUGUAAGCCCUGUAAGCCCUGUUAGCCCUGUAAGCCCUGUAAGCCCGUAAGCCCUGUAAGCCCCGUAAGCCCUGUAAGCCCGUAAGCCCUGUAAGCCUGUAAGCCCUGUUAGCCCUGUCAGCCUGUAAGCCCUGUAAGCCUGUAAGCCCUGUUAGCCCUGUCAGCCUGUAAGCCCUGUAAGCCCUGUUAGCCCUGUUAGCCCCGUAAGCCCCGUAAGCCCUGUAAGCCCUGUUAGCCCUGUUAGCCCUGUAAGCCCUGUAAGCCCUGUAAGCCCGUAAGCCCUGUAAGCCCUGUAAGCCCGUAAGCCCUGUAAGCCCUGUAAGCCCUGUUAGCCCUGUAAGCCCUGUAAGCCCAUAAGCCCUGUAAGCCCUGUUAGCCCUGUAAGCCCUGUAACUCGACGGAAACGGGAAGUUACUUAUAUCCGUCACGUUUCCGCCCUGCGGAAACAUGGUGAUCUAGUUUUCCAUGGACGGGACGCGUUUCCGUCAUGUUUCCGCGACGGAAACGAACGAUCAUGUUUCCGCCACAUUUCUGUUAUCACAGUUUCGUUCUUUCUCGUUUCCGUUACGUUUCAGGUGACGAAUUUUUUUCUUUUUUUAACCCAUGUCCAAGAUCGCAUGAUCAAUGUUUCAGAAAAUUUGCCUUUGCGUACAAUCAGGGUGAAUAAAGGUAAAUUUACUCUUGAGAUCGGGCUAUAAACGGUUCUAAUGCAUUACUCGCGCGCGUUGCAUUGAUGGAAAGACUGUGAAGUGUGCGAGGUUGCCAUUGCUUUCCAUUCUAAGUGAUAAAAAUCGCAGAGCUUGUUGUAGUUAAUUUUUUAUUUCAGUUAAUUUUUAUUUUUCCAUUGUUUUGGGGUAUGGUAAUGUAUGCUAAUGAAUUUAAAACAAAGGAAAAACAAAAAUUAACUGAAAUUAAAAAUUAACUGCAACAGCUUACCAACAGCUUUCGAUAUUUGCCAGAUUGAUGUCAAUCAGUACUGGCGUAGAAAACAAGAGAGAAAACAAGAGGGAAUGGGGCCUAGAAGAGAGUGGAGUGCUGGUCAGCGGACUUUUCUUUUGCUCAUACUAAUUGCGGUCCAGUUGCGGUCAUUCUUUUUGGCGUCCAUUUUGAAAGUGAUGGCAACGGCUUCAAAUUUGCCGGCUUCUGUAGGUUCUAGGAGCGUGGAAUCGGUAUAUUUUUGCUUUCUAAUGGCACUACAAGACAUCUAAGGGUUGUUAUGUAUAUUUGUCGACCCAUCGGCCUUCAGUAAUCGAUCGCUUCCCUCGUAAAGCGACUCUUCUGACACAGUUGAGCAGAAUGUGAGACAAAAACCUCGUGAUGAGCAAGCAUAAUUUGAAAGUUGGAUUGUUUUACCGUGCUAAGGCUAUCCAAGGCGGAGGAUUGUCACGGAGAAUACAGAUAGUAAGACGAGGUAAGCUUAACAGUUUUCCAUAUUUCAUUCUUGUGGUCUGUAACAUUUGAUAUAAUGCUUGGGAGACAUAUUUGUUGACACAAAGCUGUGAUUGAUAAGUACAGUAAUUUCCCAAGCAGGAAACUGUAACAUAAUGAACCUGAAUCAUUUUACUAAACAGGGCAAGGCGUUGCACUGUGAGGUCUGCGAAAUGAUUGUAGAAAAAUGGUUAGAGGGUUCCAGUGAUUUUGUUACAAAUAGUAUAUGGUGAGUCCAGGGACUCAUCUUGUGAAUAGGCACGAGUCCCUGUUCAUAACCAGUGAGUCCCAGUUCAAAAAAAAGGGAGUCCUUAAUUGAAAAUGCUUGGUAUGGGCCUUUUAACCAGACAGUAAUCUGGAGACAGACACCAAAACUCUUAUUACAGUUUACUGAAAUCAAAAUAUAGUCCUUCUAUAUAUUUAAAGCACAAAAAGACUAAAAUAAGUAUACAUCUUUAAACAACAGCUACAGAAAUCACACAAACAGGAUAUUCUACCAAAAAAUCUUCAAAUCGAUCGAUCAUCCUUUGUAUCCUACAGCAUGCGUGCCAUGAAUUUUUUUGUGUCUUUGGGAAAUUUUACGUGUGAGUGAUGCAAGACGCAGAGGUAACAAGAUCACUGGGGUUCAAAACCAUUCCAAAUAGUGCACAGGUUUAAUUUACCAAGAAAGACGGUAACAGAUAUUGUUGAUCGGUUCAUAUGUCUUGGAAGCCCCUACACAGACUUGGGUAAACAGCGAAGACCAAGUAUAUAUGCUAUGGAAAUACAAAAACAUUUAAUUGAAAAUCAGGUUGUUGAGCAACAAAGGUUCAUUGAGUCAUGUAUUGACAUGUGAUCUUGGUUACUCGUGCAAAAAGUUGACAAUAGUUCCAAAAGAGAGCUUAUAAUAAUAAUAUAAUAAUGCUUGACUGAGAAUGCUCAAGAAAAAGCUGAAGAAAGUAUUUUUUUUCAGUAACUGUGAUCCCAGGAAUAGGCAUUUCUUUGACGAGAGCUCAGUGAUUAAAAAAACUGGGAAGUGAAGUUACUGUUGAGCAAACUUGUGAAGUUCAGUCACACCAAAGUUGACAACUGUCUUGAAGUUCGCAAUUUGAUUCCCUAACUUGCCAUGUAAUUGGC